UAUGAAAAUGAUAUACCAGAAACAAGUCAAGGAUUGAUUCAUCAUAUGGAAGUGUUUCGUUGUCCUGGACAUCACAUACGUCAAUAUAAUGCACCUUGUAAUUCAGAAACAAAACCAGACGAUUUAAUUGAUUGUAGAGAAGUUAUAGCAGCAUGGGCUAUGGGAUCAGCUGUAAGUUAA